AUGGCAGACCUCCAGUUAUCGACUCGUAGGAGUCAUGAGUAUACACUGAUGAAUUUUAUCUGUUUCUUGCUUGCAAGUUUUUCUGCGGUUGCGCUUGCGGUUUUCGUCUCUACAACGCAAACAUUCUUCAUCACGGAUGUGCUACAGAUAGGUGAGAAUGUCGGAAGCUACGUUGGCACUUUGGGUCUCUUCGAUGAAAUUCUGUCGAUGUGUUUGGUGCCAUUAAUGGGAGUUCUAGCAGACCGAUUUGGGUCCAGGGUGAUUGUUUCCUCAGGUUUUUUCGUUUCCGGACUGAGUCUCUUCGGUUUCGGAUAUUUUGUAAGAACUAAUGUUGUCCCUCAGAUGCUGUUUUGGAGAUUGGUGUUUGCUGCGGGGCUAACGGCCUCUUUGGGUAUUCUUACCGUCAUGGUCAUCGAAAUGAACCAUUCAGGAUUCGAUCUCAAAGCAUAUACAUCUGGGUUUAGCAACCCCUUAAGUCUGUCUGAUAGAGAACAACAGGAGUCCGAUGCUAUAGGCAGUUGUGAUGUAGCACGUGACCAUGAAAACUAUCUGGAAAGAGUGGACAAUUUGAACAAAUCUAGGAAAGAUGGAACCAAGGUCUCUUACAUGGGUAUAAUGAGCGGUUUCGGUGCAGUGUUUGCGGUCACUCUCCUGUUGAGGCUUCCGGUGUUUUAUGGUAAAACAAGACCGGCGGGGUCUGCCAUGAGAUACUCAUACUAUACUGUGGGCGCUGGUGCAAUAGCCGUGGCUGUUAUUAUGUGGUUUUACUCUUUCAAAAGUGAAAGCGACAUAUUUUUUAAAGACGAUCUGUUUGAGUCAUAUACACAGGACAACAGGAUACGCGAUGAUUUGGACAGCGAUUCUGAUGAGGAGCACUUUUCAUCCUUUAUAGUGAGAGAAUCUUAUUGGACUUCCCUCAAGACAGGAUUCCAAUUAUCGAUGGAGGACCCGGGAAUUGUCAUUGCUUAUUUGAGUGGCUUUAUUUCACGGUGCAUUACAAUCGUGAUUACCUUAUACAUUCCAUUCUAUGUGAACGCCUAUUACAGAGAGAUAGGCAAUUGUACCAAGACUUCAAAUAACAAAGUCGAUUGCCCAGAAUCUUAUAUUUUGUCAUCGAUUCUCACAGGUGUAGCAAAUCUAUUUGGACUUUUGCUUGCCCCAAUUUCGGGAAUUCUUGUCGAUCGACUAAACAAUUACACCGCACUAAUUUCAAUUGCCGCACUCUUCUCGACAACUGGAUUUCUUACCUUUUGCUUGAUAUCAACACCAGAUAAAAGUCUAAUGAUUUACAUUGCAGCGUCUUUGAUGGGAUCUGCCCAAAUCAUGUUCAUUAUAAUAUCAAUGACUAUGAUUUCAAACAUAACCUCUGAGGACAAAUAUAGGCAACGAGAAGGUUCUAUAUCGGGGGUAUUCGCUUUUGUAGGCGGUGUCGGAAUCAUUUUCACAUCAUUUGUUGGGGGGAAAUUAGCUGAUUGGAGUCCCAAGCUUCCCUUUUUGCUUGUAGUUGUUACAAGCGUGGUCGGCCUUUUGGCUGUUAUGAUUCUCAAUGGGCACUCCUUGAAAAGCUUGUGUGACUUUUCAGAACCUUCGCAAAGAAUCGAGGAACGACAAGAUGCUCCAAAUCUUUUGGAUUACACCUCUUCACAAACAUAG